AUGUUCUUCACACCACUGUCAAUUAGAAUUUCAACGGCUGUGGAGGGUAUCGAGCGUGUUUCUGAGAAAUCAUCAUCAAGGGCAUCUGGCAUCAAGCGGGGUACACCUAAUAAGAGAUGGAAGGGCGAAUACGAUAGUUUUCUCAUUCCACUUCUUGUUGAACAAGUCAAAAAAGGGAUGAAAUGCAACAAAUCAUUUAAACGAGCGGCAUUUGUGUUUGCUGCUGUCGCCGUCAAUUCUAGGUUCAAUACUGACUUCAGUGCUGAGAACAUUGAAAAUCACUAUCGAACAUUGAAAUCGCGAUAUGUUGAGAUUAAAAAGGUGAGAGAUCUCGGUGGGGUAGGUUGGAAUGACACCACGAAGACCAUCACACUUGAUCCUAUGGUUGCCCUGACCUACAUCGAGGCUCACCCGACAGCCAAGGCUUUUAUAAACAAACCAAUUGAACAUUAUGAAGCAUUGAGGAUUAUGUGUGGUGACGACAAUGCGACUGGCGCGUAUGUAACCUCUCUAUACGCUGAUUUCGGUGAUAAAUCAGAGGCUGAAGGCAAUAAUAUGGAGAACUUUGAUGAAGGCCCAGUUGAACUGCCAAGCGAUGACGACGCUGAUGUAAACUCUGCCCCGCCGGUUGUUGGUAGCCCCGCAACCUCAUCUGCACAAAGGUCACAACGUUCAAGUAGGGGCUCAAAGAACCCUUCUAUGAUGGGUGAUCUAAUUAUUGUGGUAGGCGAAAUGGCAACUGCCAUUAAGAACCCCACCCACUGGACGAAGCCCUUGUAUGCAAAGGUUAUGGAGGUUGACGGGUUUCAGAAGAAGGAACUCGUUCAGGUGUUUGAAUAUCUGCAGUUUCGUGAGAAUGAGGCAAGAGGAUUCCUAGUCAAAGAUAUGGAACUGAAGAAGGAUUGGAUCGAACAAUUUCUGUCGAGGAUGGAUUGA